AUGACUAUUCCCACCAUAACACAGUGUGAGUCGUCGUCUUAACGUUUAGAUGAUCAGAUAAAAAAAAGUUUUCUUUUUAAUUGCAAGGUGAAACAAAUGAGGUUAUGUGUUAUAUUCACGCAGUAUUUUUACAGUAUUGUGUAAAUAUACGUAUAGCGUAAACGGCAGUGCGUGGGCAUCCCGCAGGAGCCCUGGGCGGCGUCACGUGACCGUCCUUCACCAAAACACCGAGUCGGCGACCCGGGAUCCGCAAGCCAAGGGACCGAGGCGCGCCGUGAAAAUGGUGUCCCUGGUCUGCACGCUGCAGGGCCACCGCGAUGACGUGAACUGCUGCGCCUUCUCCGUCCGCCUCCUGGCCACCUGCUCCACGGACAAGACAGUGCGCGUUUACUCGGCCGCCGACUUCUCCGAGCUGCCCUUCUCUCCACUCGCCGGCCAUGGCUACGGCGUGCACUGCUGCUGCUUCAGCCCGUGCGGCCGCUACCUGGCGUCCUGCUCCACGGACGCCACGACCAUGGUGUGGAGCAUGGAGAGCGGCGACAUCGUCGCGGUGCUCCAGCAUCCCGGCCGCAGUCCCGUUAGGGUUUGCGCUUUUGCCCCGGGCACUUCGUACCUGGUGUCGGGCGCCUCGGACGGAUCACUGGCGGUCUGGGACUUCCAGUCUAAGGCGUUACUCAAGACAGCAACUGUGGGCGAGACAGCUGUGGUGGCCUGCAGCUUCACUCCGUGUGGCCAGAUGAUGGCUACUGGGUCCACCUAUGGGGAUCUCCGGCUGUGGGACCUGUAUCUCAACCAGCUCCAUGUAGUGAAGAACGCCCACGACCUGGGGGUAGCCUGUUGCCAUUUUGCUCCUCAGGUCCAGAGUGAUGGCCAAUCUGUGCACUUUCGUUUGGGAUCCUGUGGACAGGACAGCCUGCUGAAGAUAUGGACCGUAUUGUGGCACGGGCCGGCAGGCUGUAAGCUGCGUCUCCUGCACACGCUGACGGGGCAGUCGGCACCGGUGCUGUCCUGCGCCUUUUCUGCUGACGGGCAGCUGCUUGUGUCGGGUUCGGUGGAUAAAACUGUGGCAGUUUAUGAUGCGCACCAAGGGCUCCUGCUCUACACUCUGAAGCAGCAUGAGAGGUACGUGACGGCCUGCGCCUUCUCGCCGACGGCGGCCCUGAUCGCCACAGGCUCCAUGGAUAAGACUGUGAAUGUCUGGAGGCUGCUGGACGGGAGCAGUGAGCAUGGGAAUGAGGAAAAGGCCGUUCCUGGGAGGAAAUCCGGGGGCUGCGUGACGCUGCUGGCGAGUGACUGGUCAGAAGACAACGUCUCAGCCUGGCUGUGCGAGGAGGGGCUGGAGGCGCUGGUCAGCACCUUUAAGGCCAACAACAUCGACGGCGUCGAGCUCCUUGGCCUGACGAAGGAGACCCUGACCGCGGAGCUCAAAGUCGAUUCUGUUGGCCUACGCAACAAGUUGUUGAGGAAGGUGGAGGAGCUGAAGAUGUCCAUGGUCUGUACAGGUGUCCCUGAUGAGUUUCUGUGUCCAAUCACCAGAGAGAUGAUGAAGGAUCCAGUCAUAGCAGCAGAUGGCUAUUCCUACGAGAGGGACGCGAUUGAAGGUUGGAUCAGCAGCAGAAAUCGUUCCAGUCCCAUGACAAACUUGCCUCUGCAAACCACAGUACUGACUCCAAACAGGACACUCAAGAUGGCCAUUGGUCGCUGGAAGGCCAGUCAACCAUAGAUGCUGGGAAGGUUGCAUCCAUCCAUGCAUGUUCUUUAACUGCUUACCCUAUUCAGGGUUGCAGGGGGUCCUAUGGGAGUGAGGCAGGGAACAACACAGGCUGGGGCACACUCACAUCAUUACAGGCAAUUUGCAUGUUUUCAAACUUGGGGGGGACCCCAUGCUCUACUCUUUGAUGGAGACUUGUACCCUGGUCCCAGAGGUGUGAGGCAACAGGGCUAACCACUGUGCCAGCCUGGAAAGGCUGAAUGUGUGUAAAGAUUCUAGCUUGUUUAUGCUCAAUUACCUAAAGACCUUGGACACCAUGGGGUGUUUCUUUAUUGCACCAGGUAUAGAACUGGGAAUAAGUAGAAAUUCUUUGGUAGUAAACCUUUUGGGGUACUUAUCGGUUAUACAAGUAAUCAAACAGUGUAGUAAUGAACUUGGUGUAAGUGUAGACAAAUUAAGAGACCCAAGGUAUCUAGCUGGCAUGAUGUACUUCAGCACCACUGCUUCCAUCCAUUGUCUGAAAGAUUACUUCAGUGUUGCUUUGAAAAUUAGGUCAAUGAAUUCUAGACCUACCAUUAAAUUUUUCCAUGUCACCCAA